CCUCUUUACUUUGCGCUGGUGCUGGAGCUGGAAGCUCAGUGACUCUUCGACUGGAUAAAGACACACAGCAGUUGUUUUUCUCUCAGAGAUCAAGAUCUUCUCGGUCACAAUGAAUUCUCUGAUUUUCCUGCUUCUUGUGGGAAUACACGGCGCGACGGCAGCGACUCACUCUCUGAAGUAUUUCUACACUGCUUCCUCUCAAGUCCCAAACUUCCCAGAGUUUGUGGUUGUUGGGUUGGUUGAUGAUGUUGAGAUGAUUCACUAUGACAGCAACACCAGGAGAGCAGAGCCGAAACAGGACUGGAUGAACAAAUUCACACAAGAUGAGCCACAAUACUUGGAAAGUCAAACUCAGGGGUUGAUUGGUACCCAGCAGACCUUCAAAGCUGGCAUUGAAAUUUUGAAGCCACGCUUCAACCAAACUGGAGGAGUCCACGUUAACCAGAGGAUGGUCGGCUGUGAGUGGGACGAUGAGACUGGAGAGGUUAAAGGUUAUGAUCAACACGGUUAUGAUGGAGAAGAUUUCAUAGCAUUUGACCUAAAGACAAAGACAUGGAUCGCUCCAACACCACAGGCUGUCAUCACCAAACACAAGUGGGACAAUAACAACGCUUGGAUCGCACAGGCAGAGCAGUACCUGAACCAGAUCUGUCCUGACUGGCUGAAGAAGUAUGUGAACUAUGGGAGGAGCUCUCUGCUGAGAACAGGUACAAUCACAUGAUCUGAUGAAGUUUCA